AAUUGAAUCCCAUGGUUUUAGCAGAUGCCUUCUUUUGUCUUCCCAGUCGACUUCUCUGUGGCUGUUAUUUAGAGCUUGUCGUUGCAUUGGAGGUGCGAAGCAUUUAUACGAGGUUUCAUGUAUUGAGUCUCCGUUUAGACCUUUGACAGGAAGACGCAGGCUGAGAAGUGCAGUAGAAAAACGUACGAGUGUGGAAUGGUUGGAUUGAAGAAGCUCGAAAUGCCUACGAAGUUACUCGACGCGUCUGCUGAUGACAAGAAGCUGGAUUUGCAGAAGCAAAUCGGGUGCAUCUCCGGGAUCUUUCGGAUGUUCGACCGCCGCCAUCUCCUCGCCGGGAGGAGCCUCAGUGAUCGCAGCCAUAGGAAGCUUCCUUCAGGUCAUGCUCUUCUAAACACUGGAAGACGAGAGCAAACUCCAUGCUUCUCACAGAUUCUGCAGGAGAAACACCUGAGCAAGAGCUUGAAUGAAAACCAGACAGUCUCUUUGGAAUCCUCAAGAGCUUCGUUUUCCUCAUCCAGCUCAUCAUUCUCUUCUUUGGAAUACAGCAAAUUAUCUCACCAAGAGGCCUUCUCCUUCGACAAAGCAUUCUUUACCGAGAGAUCCCCAAGGAGUUCACCCAAGCAGAAGAAUUCAGACCAUGUUGCCAAAUCUAUCGGCUUCGACCUCCGAAGUGACAUCUCAGUUGCUAAGUCUGGUGCACAAUCGUUUGUUUUCCACAAUGCUGCCGAAGACCCCACGCAAAAGGACACUCGGGGCUUCGUUAUCGAGACUUCAUCCACUGAGGAGGUCAAGAACCAUUCAGUGAAGCAAGCGGACUCCCCUAUGCCUCUGCUGUUCUCCAAAACAAGGAUGCCGAAUGAUCUCAACGAAGCAAUCAGACUUCUGGUGGAGCUCAAGGAAGCACCUUGGAAAUUUCGCGAUCAUGGGGCAAGAGAUGCCUCGUUGUACCAAGCAUCGCAGAGAACUCCUCGUCUCUCAUGUGAUGAGAGAGAGUUCUCGCGGCCGUCCAUGGAUUCCCGAGAUACCGGCAAGUCUGCUACCAAACUCCGAGAGCUUCCAAGGCUGUCACUGGACAGCAGGCAAGGUUCCCAAAUGGCUUCUAAAUUUGUCUCAAGAACAAGCUCCGCUUUGGAGUCUUUUGAUAAAGCUAAUACCAGUCCCAGGAUCAACAGGGCCUCCAAUCUACUCCAAGAUCCUCCCAGCAAUCAAAAGCGAUUCCCCACUGUCGUUGCAAAGCUCAUGGGCUUGGUGGAUGAAGCUCCAGACUUGAGCUCAGCAGAUCAAGCAAUCACCAGAAAAAGCUGUUCUUCUUUGCAUGAACCAAGAGACCGUAACUCUACGACAAGAUCAAAAGGAGCUCGGGAUGCAAAGGGUGAUCCUGUUCAAAGCAUAGAUUCCAUUGUAACAAAGCCAAAAGGUCACCAUUCAUCGCUCAGGCACAAUUCAAGGAUCAUGACCGAAGCAGCCCCUUGGAAGCAGCGGGAUAGAGGCCACUCUCCACACAAAUCAAGAACUGGGUACCAAGAAGCUCAGAUGAAGCAACGAACGGAGGCCAUCAUUAAAGAAGUAGAGGAGAGACUCAAAGGGGAUCAGUUCCAGAAGCAGCAAAAGGACCUCAAAGCUCUCAAACAAAUGGUAGACGCUAUGCGCGCAAGCAGGCUGGCGCAGACCACAAGAGACAAAGAUCACCCUCACAAGGGAAGCAAUCAGAACUUGGGGUCGCCGAAGAUCUCCAAACGACCAGCAAAAGCAGGUGGUAGUCCAAAAGCUUUCGAUCCUCCAAUUGUGAUUAUGAAGCCUGCGAAAAAUGUCGACAUUUCAGAUGCUUCAGGUCACCCAGUGAUUCUGCUGGAAUCUCUAUCGACUCUUCCCAAGCUGCAUACAAGUAAUCCGGGCAAUAGAAAGACAGGUUCUGCAAACAUGACAGCCGACAGAGAUCACAGUCCUAGAGUCAGAAACAUUCAAGGAAUUCUCCCGACAGAUAAGCAAUUCAUUGGAAGGACUGCCGAAAACAAUAGUUCACCGAGAUUUCGUUCAAACUCAGCGGGAGAAAGCAGUGGGAUCUCAACAAAAACUUCGACUGUCCUGAGCCCAAGACUACAGCAGAGGAAAAGAGAAGCAGAGAAGUCAUCUCCAGCCACUCCAGACUCGAUGAACAAGGCUCAAAUUCAUUGUAACAAUAGGAAUCCUAUCGAAUCUGUUUCUCCAAGAGGCAAACUCAGGUCAAAACAAUCUCAAGCACGAGAAAAGAAAGACCAGGAUGAUGAGAUUACCUGCGAGAAGAGGGUUUUGAGUUGUGUGGAUGAUGAAAUUUCUCCAGGAUCUUACAAAAAUAGGAGCUUGGCAUUACAGUCAACUGUUCUGCAGCGACGCAACCAGAGCUCAUCGAGCAGGGCCUCCAUCUUAAACCAGAAGAAUUCUGCACUAAAUAUGAAUCAACGCAUACCAGAGAAGGAGCUUGCAAGUAUUGCCUUUGAACAGCCGAGUCCUGUGUCAGUCCUUGAUGCUUCAUGCUACCAGGGUGAAUUUUCUCCUUCCCCUGUGAAGAGAUCCUCAAACUCGGUGAAAGAUGAUGCACCUUGCACUUCAGGCCAGGGAUGCUACCGCCGCAGUGGCUUGUCUGAUGGCCAACCACUCAAAUGGAGUGAUGAAACCAACCCCAAGAAGCUUGAAGGUGUGGAGAACUUUGUGCAACUCAAGGUGCUGAACUCAACUGGUGAAGAACCUCGAACCGGAGACUCGAUUACCUCGAAGUGCAACCUGGACAACCCAGAUCACGGAUAUGUCUUAGAGAUCCUACUGGCAACAGGCUUUCUGAGCAGACAGCAAGCAGUUCCAUUUCAGCUCCACUCCUCAGGCCAUGCCAUCAACCCUGACUUGUAUGGUGUUCUUGAGCAACCAAAGCAUGGCUGGUUCUCAGAACUGGAACCUAUAUAUCGGAAGGCUGAUACAGAGAAGAAGAACAGGAGGAAGCUUGUUUUUGAUGUGGUAAACGAGAUCCUAUCUCGUCAGAUGGAAUCCUAUGACUAUAGGAAUCGCCCUGACCUUCUUUUGCUUCAGACCGGAAGGAAACUAAAUGGGCAGCAAUUACUGGAAGAAGUGUGCUCUGAGAUAACCAGACUUGAAGCCGAAAACACAAGGUCUACCAGCUCGGGGGAUGAUGUCGAUUUCAUGUUCGGAGAGGAGGUUCUUGAUCGAUCCGAAGGAUGGGUAGACUACGGAAUGGAGCAAUCGAAGGUGGCUCUACAGAUGGAAAGGUUGAUCUUCAAGGAUUUGAUCAAUGAAAUCGUGAGUGAUGCCACUGAAGCUGGUCUGCAGCACAAGCCCAGCAAGCUGCGCAGGCAGCCAUUUGCCAAGCGUAUGAAUUAGUUCGAACACUUGGCUUGAUCCUUUGUUAUUGUAAAUAUAUAUAUAUAUACACAUGCAAGUAAUUAGAGAGAAGCAUUACUUGGCGGACUUA